UAACAUUCAUCACUUGAACCCCUCUCUUCUUUUAUUUUCGAUUCCAACCUUAAUCCCUCUUCCAUUCUGUCAUGGAGCAUGUGAAAUCAACCAUCGAUCAGAUUCAACCCCCGACUUAUGGAGAUCGAAUCACAAUACUUAGCAUCGAUGGAGGGGGGAUUAGAGGAAUAAUCCCUGCAAUCAUUCUAAGCUUCCUUGAGUCGCAGCUUCAGGUACCCAAGAAAAAUAGGCUACUAUUUUCUAAAACUUAUGUUUGCAUGGGUUUACUUUGUUUGAUGGAGCAGACGAUAGACAAUGAUAAGGAUGCAAGACUUGCAGACUAUUUCGACAUCAUUGCAGGGACGAGCACAGGUGGUCUUGUGACCGCCAUGUUAACUGCACCAAAUGAAAACAACCGUCCACUGUUUGCUGCGAAAGAUAUCAAGGAUUUCUACCUCGACAACUGCCCAAAAAUUUUCCCACAAACCGGAGGCCUAUUUGGUUCAGCUUUGAAGACAGCAAAAUUAUUUUUAUCAGGACCCAAAUACAACGGAAGCUAUCUCCAUGAUAUUAUAAGAGAAAAACUAGGAAAGGUUCAGUUGCACGAGACCUUGACGAAUGUCGUCAUCCCUACAUUCGAUAUCAAGCACCUCCAGCCCACCAUCUUCUCCAGCUACGAGGUAAAAUCUACGCCGUCCUUGAAUGCUCUACUCUCGGAUAUCUGCAUCGGCACAUCUGCAGCUCCAACUUACCUUCCUGCACAUUUUUUCCAAACUAAAGAUCUUCAAGGGAAAACGAGGGAUUUCAACCUCAUCGACGGUGGCGUCGCUGCUAAUAAUCCGGCACUGGUUGCUAUGGGUGAAGUGACCAGAGAGAUUUUCAAAGGAAAUCAGGAUUUCUUCGCACCCAAGCCAAUGGAUUACAGUAGAUUGUUGGUGAUCUCAUUGGGGACAGGUUCAGCGAAGGCAGGAGAGAAAUUCAGCGCAGCUCAAGCAAGCAAGUGGGGUGUUUUGGGUUGGUUGGUGAGCGACGGUUCUAAUCCAUUAGUGGAUGUGUUCACUCAAGCAAGCGCAGAUAUGGUCGACAUUCACAUUUCGGGUGUUUUUCGUGCCCUUAGAUCUGAAAAUAACUACCUCCGGAUUCAGGAUGAUGCGCUGGUUGGGGAUGAAGCAUCAGUUGAUAUCGCUACUAAAGAAAACUUGGAGACUCUUGUGAAGAUCGGCGAACGGUUGUUGCAGAAACCGGUCUCAAGGGCGAAUUUGGAGACUGGUGUUUUCCUACCUGUCGAGAACGGAGGCACUAAUGAAGAAGCUCUCAUUAGGUUUGCGAAGCAACUUUCACAGGAAAGGAAACUUCGCCUGAUGAGAUCGCCAAACACCAAGCCCUCCAAAUUCAACUGAUCAGAGAUUGUGUUUUUACAAAUAACAUGGUAAUGCUGUUAUGGUUUUAUUAGAGGCUUCUUUAUAUAAAUAAAAGUGGGAAUCUUUCUCUUCUUCUU